AUGUCCAAAAAAAAAAAGUAAAAAAAAAAAAAGGUUUCUUUGCGGCCAAAAAUAAAAAGAAAGAGUGGAGGAGACUACUAAAAGAGUGUUUUGGGGGAUCAGAUCAUCGUUAACCUCCCCAAGGAAUCAACUUUAACAGGGGAAUUAGGGUUUUUCUAUUUCGAAGAUGAGUGCCAAAGCUUCUUCUGUCUUGCCCUCAAGCCUCAUUGAUCAGAUUGUUGUUCCAGGUGAUGUUGUUCUUGAUUUGUCAAACAUGACUAAUCAGACAAUCAAGCUCGGCAGUGGCCUCCGUCAGGAUAGUGAUGCUAUCUCUGCCAUGAGAGCUGGCAAAUUAAGUUACUCCAAGCCUAAUAAGUAUUGGGUCCAAAUUUCUCAUAAACGGUACAUACCUCGCCCUGAGGAUCAUGUUCUUGGAAUUGUGGUAGAAUCUAAAGCAGAUAAUUUUUGGGUGGACAUAAAAGGACCUCAACUUGCGCUUCUGCCAGUUCUUGCAUUCGAAGGAGGAACAAGAAGAAAUAUUCCCAAGUUUGAGGUAGGCACUCUGCUUUAUCGUCGGGUUGUCAAGACAAACACAGGAAUGAAUCCGGAGGUGUCUUGUACUGACGCAAGUGGGAAAGCUGCAUCAUUUGGACCCUUGAGAGAUGGUUUCAUGUUUGAAACUUCAACUGGUCUUUCAAGAAUGCUGUUGAGUUCACCAACAUGCCCGGUCAUCGAGGCUCUUGGAAAGAAACUCUCAUUCGAGAUAGCUGUGGGCUUAAAUGGAAGAGUUUGGGUAAACGCGGCUGCUCCACGUACAGUCAUUAUCGUAUCCAAUGCAAUGAUGAACUCGGAAUCUCUAAGUGGGACUCAGCAGAGAAUCAUGGUUGAGAAAUUGCUCGCUAAAAUUUCAGACUGAUACAUUAUUGUUCCUUGAGCUGUAGUUGAACCUUGAUGUUGCUCUUUAGCAAGUGAUUUUAUUUAAUUCAAAUACAAAUUUAUACAGUAAAAGUUUAGUCUACUAAAAAAAUACAUAUGCCAAUUGACGAAUGUAUACAACAGUGAGCCAAUAAACUAUUGGAGCAUAGUAGUCUAAA